AUGGAGAAGCUAAGGAGAUCAUCCAAAACAAGAAAGCCCGAUAUUGCCCGGUGCAAGAAGCACCCAAAGCACCAACAAUCGCCCGGCGUUUGCAGCUUGUGCUUGAGAGAAAAGCUUGAACGGCUUGCUCAAAAGCUGUCAACUUAUUCUGGCUCGCCACUUCUACUACGUAGAAUCACCUCUCCUUCGACGACGUCGUCUUUAUCUUCGUAUGACUCAUCCUCUUCGGGUUCUUCUUUGUCGUCUCCGGCACCGGGAUAUGAGCAAAAGGGCCCCAUUUCUUGGUUUCUGAGUGGUGACAAUAAUGUGCUCACUAAAAGUAGGUCGCUGGUUAAUUAUUUUCCAAGGAGAAUGAGAGGGAAAGAGGGCAGCGAGGAGAAGAAGAAAAGUAGGUUUUGGUCGAAGUUGCUUCGUCCCAGAAGUAAGCGGAGGGAAGAGAGUUUGGUGCAUUCUAGGACUGUGAGAGAGAUCAGGGUGCCUAAUCGGGUGUUUUGA